AUGCAAGCAGCUAUCCAAGCUAGCUUAUUAGAAACGCCACCUACUUGUAAUAGUAUGAGUUCAUCCGAUGUUGUGAAGAAGAUUCAAGGAUACGUCAACACAGAGAAAAAUCCUACACAUAUUAAUGUGGUAAGAGGAAGGGUGUUGGAUGGAGCAUCCAGAGCUAUAAAGAGAUCAUCGUUUGAUCCAUGUGCACCCAUUUGUCUAAAGUUUAUGGACGAUGUUGGAAUUUCCGAAGGGGCCGUAGACGAAGGUGGUCCCAAAAGAGAAUUCUUUACAUUAGCCAUGCGUGAAAUUAGUGAAAGUAAUAUGUUUUGUGGGGACGACGGCGAUAAAUUUAUUGUACCAAAUCAAACAGAUUUCAGAUUCGCUAUUGGAAGACUUUCAUUUAUGCAACAGCACAUUUAG